UUGCUCGCCUGCUCGUUGAUCUUUCUGUAUACUAGUGGAUCAAGCCUUCCCCGUGACAUGCAGCUUCAGGCGGGCCUCUCAAGUGUCUACCAUCAGGAUUGCAUACUGAGUGCGGGAACUGGCUUUGGGAAGACUUUUGCUAUGAUAAUUGCCUGGCUUCUUCGUCCGAUGGAACUUGGCAUUGUGUUCUCACCCUUGAAGCGCUUG